AUGCAGAGCCAUGUUCCCUUUGGAUACCCGACGCCACCUGCCUCGCCAACAUACGACAAGUGCCAGCAGUUCCAACAACCGCCGCCCCAGCAGUAUACGCGCCACUUUCACCAGCAGCAGCCGGUGCGCUGCGUGCCGCUCGCCCCCGAGCAGCGUCUCGGCCGCCUGCUCGAAGGCACGCUGCAGCUGACAGACAUUCUCGGCACCGGGGCCUACGGUGUCGUCUACGCUGCCGUCGACAUCACCACCGGCGUUCGUUAUGCCGUCAAGUGUCUGAGCAAGUACAACGCCGACGGCUCGCCGUUGGAGCGCCGCCAAGUGGCGUACCAGCAGCGUGAGAUCAGCUUGCACUACAAGGCGUCGGCGCACGCCAACGUCGUGUCGCUGCACCGCAUGAUUGCCGACGUUGACUGCCUCUACGUCGUGCUCGAGUACUGCCCCGAGGGAGACCUGUUCCUCAACAUUACGGAGCGCGGCCACUACGUCGGCAAUGACGCCCUGGCCAAGCAGGCCUUCCUGCAGAUCCUCGACGCCGUCGAGCACUGCCACAGCCUCGGAAUCUACCACCGUGACCUCAAGCCCGAGAACAUCCUGGUGACGGACCGCGGCGACACGGUCAAGCUCGCCGACUUUGGCCUUGCCACCGCCGAGGAUCGCUCCGAGGACUACGGCUGCGGCUCGACCUUUUACAUGAGCCCUGAGUGCCUCGAGCCCACCACCCGGAACCCCUACUACAUGUGCGCUCCCAAUGACGUCUGGAGCCUCGGCGUCAUCCUCGUCAACCUGACGUGCGGCCGGAACCCGUGGAAGCAGGCCUCGGUGCAGGAUUCCACCUACCGCGCCUACGUGCGCUCGCCCGGCUUCCUCAAGACGAUCCUGCCGCUGACCGACGACCUCAACGACAUUCUGGCCCGCAUCUUCCACCCCAACCCCGAGCUGCGCAUCACCAUGCCCGAGCUCCGCCGCCGCAUUAUGGCUUGCGCCGGCUUCACCGUGCCUGCUGCGACCAGCGCCCCCGAGCGGCCUGUUGUCGAGGCGUCGAUGAUCCCCGAGGACGUCAUCAUCGACGACUACGACUACGACGAGGCCCUCUCACCCGCCUCGGACUACUCCGAAGAGGGCUCUCUCGCGUCGAGUGUCUCCACCGUUGGCGAUCUCGACGAGGAUUUUAUGCAUGACCAGGACAGCAUGGUUGAUUUUGCGCCCCAGACGUACGACGCCGCCGAUGACGCCGCCCUAAUGGCGCACGCCGUCUACCAGCACGAGCUGGCCGCCCAGCACUACAAGGGUCCCGUGCCCGUGCAGGCACCCGUCCCGGCCCGUAUCCUCCCUUCGCAGCAGGCUCUGCUGCACCAGCAAAUGGCCAUGCAGGCGCCUGCGCCGAUGCCGUCCUGCCAGCCCAAGUCCUUCUUCCCGCUCUGGGAGGUGGUCAAGUUGGUGCAGCACGCGCCCGUCAUGCAGCAUCCCUCGCCCUUUCACCAACAGGUGUCUUUUCUUCCUUCCUUUCAAGGCUACUAA